CUCAAUUACAAAUAUAGUUUUCAAACUUCUUAAUAGGCCGAUAAACUUUGAACCGGGUCAAAUAGCCUCCGUAAACUUUACAAAUUUUGUAUUAGACCCGAAAUUGUCAAAAUGUAUACAAAAUUGUAUUAAAUAAUCCGGCCGGCUAUUAUCACUAUCAGUUUGUGGUUGGUUUAACUCUUACUGCAUCAGCAAAUUGACGUUUUUCGAAGCGACACCAUAUGAUAUAAUGUUGGCGGGCAGCGCAGGUCUAUUUUCGAAUUUGUCCAUUUUGGCGGCAAGCCGGCCAGUCGCCAUUGUCUCUCCUUCCUUCUUCUUAACCCUUCCCUGCUUCCUUCCCAUCAUCGACUCCACUUGACGACUACUGUCAUUGCGUUGUGUUGAAGCCAUGGCCACUUCUUCUUCUUCUUCUCCUCCAUUUGAAGUCGAAGAGUGUCGCGGUGUCCUCCGCGUUUACAGCGACGGCUCCAUCGUUCGCUCCUCUAAUCCAAGCUUCGACGUCCCUGUCCUCGACGACGGCUCCGUUCUAUGGAAGGACCUCCUCUUUGAUCUCAUUAACCGGCUUCACGUGCGUCUGUAUAAGCCCGCUAAUUGUUCCUCCUCCACUUCCCUCCUCCCUAUCUUCUUCUACAUUCACGGCGGCGGCUUCUGCAUCGGCUCCCGCACCUGGCCCAACUGCCAAAACUACUGCUUUCGCCUUGCCCUCCACCUCUCCGCUCUCGUCAUCUCCCCCGACUACCGUCUCGCUCCCGAGAAUCGCCUUCCCGCCGCCAUCCACGACGGCUUCGCCGCCCUCCGCUGGCUCCAGGCCCAAGCUCUGUCGGAUCACCCCGACCCCUGGCUCUCCCACGUCGCUGAUUUUAGCAGGAUUUUUAUCAGCGGCGACUCGGCCGGCGGAAACAUCGCUCACCAUCUUGCAGUGGGACUCGGCGCGGGUUCCCCUGAGUUGGCGCCGCUCCGAGUGAGAGGCUACGUUCUUCUGGGGCCAUUCUUCGGCGGGACGGUCAGGACCCGCUCCGAGGCGGAAGGUCCCAAAGAAGCCUUCCUGAAUCUGGAUCUCAUCGACAGGUUUUGGAGAUUGUCGAUCCCACCCGGAAGCACCACCGACCACCCGCUGGUGAACGUGUUGGGACCGUGGAGCCGGGACCUGGAGGCGGUGGAGCUGGACCCGAUGUUGGUUGUGGUGGGCGGCGGUGAUCUGUUGAAAGAUCGAGCGGUAGAGUACGCAGAGAAGCUGAAAGAACAGGGGAAGAUGAUAGAAUUGGUGGAGUUCGAAGGAAAACAACACGGAUUCUUCACCAUUCAUCCUAAUUCAGAAGCUGCAAACCAAUUAAUGCUCAUCGUCAACCGAUUUAUUACUCAAAAUUCAGGCUGAUUAACGCCUUUUCCCUCGUGCUCCCAUAAUUCCCCAAUCUGCUUAAUAAUAAAAUAAAGUUAAGAUUUCUGCAAACACAAAUGCGAAUUGCGAAGCUCGAAGAAGUUAUAAAGAUGUUUAUUUGUUAUGAACAACACAUUCAAAGUUUAUUCAAAAAAUGAAACAAUUGAAGUAAACAACCGUUGAAUUGAAGCCAUCUCUACCCCAAAAUUCAAAC